AUGCGACGACCUGCGCCAGCACCAACCCGACUUGGCAGCAAUAUCCCCGAUGCGCCUCCAGCCUACUCAGCGGCACCUAAUGCAGCUCCCGCGGUCCAGCCUCCAUCAACAUCGCUUUCCGCGCCCGAGGCCCAGGUCGCAGAUGACCCCUAUGCGUUCUUGACUAGCUUCGAUACCAUUUUCCUGAUUGACGACUCGGGCUCCAUGGCAGGCGGCAGAUGGCGAGAGACAGCGCAGGCACUCGAGACCAUUACCCCAGUCUGCACGCAACACGAUGCAGACGGCAUCGAUAUCUUCUUCCUGAACACGCGCGAGUCAUCAUUUCACCGCAAUGUCACUUCAGCGAGCACCGUCCGCGAGAUCUUCCAGACAGUACGACCGGGUGGCGGAACACCGACCGGUCAGCGCCUCAACCAGAUCCUGAAGCCAUAUCUUCGCCGCUAUGAAGCCAGUCCUGAAAUCGUCAAGCCGAUCAAUAUCAUUUGCAUCACCGACGGCGAACCGAGUGACGAUGUCGAGAGUCCUCUGAUCCAAGCGGCAAAGAAACUCGACAAACUGGAUGCACCGGCAUGGCAAGUCGGCGUGCAAUUCUUCCAAGUCGGUCGUGAUGAGGAAGCCAAGCGACAUCUGAAGCAGCUUGACGAUGAGCUUGCUGAAAUCUCAGGAGACGACGAACUGCGAGACAUUGUAGACACAGUGCCAUUCAUGGGCGAAGAGGGAACGCACCUGACCGGCGAUGGUAUUCUCAAAGUCGUGCUAGGAGCAGUCAACAGGCGCCUUGACAGGAAGAAGAAUAGGGACCUUCACAGAUGA